AUGAGUCUGACGUCACAGUGUCACAAAUUCGUAAUCAAAAAGUUCAAUAAAAAUAAUUGUCGUAAAUAAUAUAACAAUAAAUUAAGAAUUUUAAUCGUUUCCAAUCCAAGCAAAUGCUCAGAUUAUGUACUGUUUGCGCGUAAACUAGGCGCGGUCAGUUUAAGCUGCAUUUUAAAUAAAGACACUGUCGACGUUGCGUUUAUUUGAUCGAACUUCGUAGCCAUGGACGGACCUUCCAGACCUAAGAAAAAGCUCAAAAUCUGCGCUCAAGUGGCCACAAACGUGGUAGAGCAGAAGCACCAAGUAUCCAGAGCCAAACGGAGCCGGGCGUUGGGUAGUCGCGCCUUCAGAGGAAGCACCGUCUGGUUCACGGGGCUCAGCGGUGCUGGCAAGACCAGCAUAGCCUUCGCCCUAGAGGCGUACCUCGUUUCAAAAGGUAUACCGGCAUACGGUCUCGAUGGCGACAACAUCAGGACGGGCCUCAAUAAGAACCUCGGCUUCAGUAAGGAGGAUAGAGAAGAGAACAUCAGAAGAGUGGCAGAAGUGGCCAAACUCUUCGCCGACAGUGGCGUCGUCUGCCUGUGCAGUUUCGUGUCGCCCUUCGCUGAGGACAGGGAAGUUGCUCGUCGCACGCACACAGACUCUGACCUGCCCUUCUUCGAAGUGUUUAUCGAUACACCGCUGGAAGUGUGUGAACAGAGGGACACUAAGGGCCUGUACAAAAAGGCGAGGGAAGGUCAAAUUAAGGGUUUCACUGGCAUUACGCAAGAGUAUGAGCGACCGGAAGCGCCCGAGCUGGUCAUACAAACGGUCGGCCGCUCCAUCGAGGAGUCCACCAUGGAGGUUAUCCGGUUAUUGGAGUCACAGGGCAUCAUACCCCGAGUGGAGAACACAGUAUCAGGAGUGGAAGAACUGUUCAUAUACGGCAAUAGACUCAGCAGCGCCAUCGAGGAGGCCGGCAGAUUGCCGCAAGUGGAGAUCACUGCGCUCGACCUACAGUGGGUGCAAGUCUUAUCCGAGGGUUGGGCAUAUCCUCUGAAAGGUUUUAUGAGAGAAACAGAGUACCUUCAAGCUCUCCAUUCCAACUGCAUAUCACUACCGGACGGUUCGCUGGUGAACCAGUCGGUGCCAGUAGUGCUGCCAGUGUCUACACAGGAUAAGGAGCGCCUGGCUGGAGCCUCGGCCAUAGCACUCCUGUACUCUGGCAAGGCGGUGGCUAUCCUCCGCGCGCCAGAGUUCUACCCGCACAGGAAGCAGGAGAGGUGCGCGCGACAGUUCGGCAUCUUCCACACUGGACAUCCUUACAUCAAGAUGAUCGACGAGUCUGGCGACUGGUUGGUGGGCGGCAACCUAGAGGUGUUUGCGCGCGUUCGUUGGAAUGACGGACUUGACGCGUACCGCCUCACGCCCAACGAGCUGCGGAACAAAUUCAAGGAGCUCGACGCUGACGCGGUCUUCGCAUUCCAGCUCCGCAACCCUAUCCACAACGGGCACGCAUUGCUGAUGCAAGAUACGCAAAGGCAGCUCACAGAGCGGGGAUACCAGAAACCAGUCUUGCUUCUACAUCCAUUGGGUGGUUGGACGAAGGACGACGACGUGCCGCUAGAGACCCGCAUAAACCAACACAAGGCGGUGCUCAACGAGGGCAUACUGGACCCCAACUCCACCGUACUCGCCAUCUUCCCUUCACCCAUGAUGUACGCCGGACCCACUGAGGUCCAAUGGCACGCCAAGUGUCGUAUGAAUGCAGGUGCCAACCACUACAUAGUGGGUCGGGACCCGGCGGGUCUCCCGCACCCCAACGGUUCAGGGGAUCUAUACGACCCCCGCCACGGCGCUAUGGUUCUGAAGAUGGCGCCCGGACUUAACGAUUUAGAGAUAAUCCCAUUCCGUGUGGCAGCGUAUGACUGCUCAGUUGGCAAGAUGGCCUUCUUCGACCCCACACGCAAAGAAGAUUUUGAUUUCAUCUCCGGAACUAGGAUGCGAGGUCUGGCGAAAUCGGGUAAGGAACCACCCAAAGGAUUCAUGGCACCAAGCGCAUGGAAAGUAUUAUCAGAAUAUUACCAAUCAUUGAAAUCCAAAAUGGACACAAAUUAAUAUAAUUAUUAUAACGAUAUCAUGUUAAAUUAGUUACGUAACAAAUAAUAUUUUAAAACAAAAAAAAAUAUUUUAGUAUGUAAAAAUUGCCUACUAAAUUGUAAAUUAUAGUGCAAUAUUUUUUUUUUGAUAGAUGAAUAUCUAUCGGAUGAAUAAUUUUGAAUAUUAUCGGUUUAGGACGAUACUUAAAUAAAAGGAAUAUAUCUGGUUAUAUAUUAUGUUUUGGUAUAUAUGUAAAUAAUACAAUACUUCCAAAAAAAAAUAUUUGAAGAGCUUGUGUUUGUUUCAUACAGUUUUCCGAAUGACUGCUCUUAUACUAUAAUCACAAAGUACCUACAUUCCUGUGUUGACUAUGGAUAAAUUAAUUUAAUUAUUAUGUGUAAUUAAUACACAUUCCAAUUUUAUUGUAUUUAUUAGUAAUAUUUUAUUGAAUGUGAGAUUAUCAAGAUUUUUUUAUAUUAUGGCCUGUUUAUACUAUCAUGCUGAUCAUUUUUAACGACUUUGUGUUAAUAUUAUCAAAAGUACAAUUUUACUUUCCUAUAGAAUUUUAUUAGUAAUGAAUUUACAAUUUUUAUCGAGAAUUUAACUGUGUCUGUUUAAGAAUACACAAACAUUAUAUUGUUUCUUAUACUGUUAAUAAAUGAAAAAUGAAAAUAUAUUUUAUGCACAAUGAUAAAAUAUUAAAUGAGAUCAAAGAGCACAAAACCUUUUUUUUUAAUUAUUAAAUCUCUAAAUAUAAUGUGUAACAAAAAAAUAUAUAAAUAACGCCACAAAAUUGAAUGUUUACCAUUAGGUACAUAAUCGGUUAUUUGUCACAAAUACAAUACUCAACUACUUUUAGUCAGUACAAAUGAUUGAAAUUAUAUUGUCAAAUUAGCUGAUCAGACCAUUCUCGAGUUUUAGUCAUACAAACUAACAGCUAUUCUGUUUUAUAUAUUAUAUAGCUUUUAUUUUAAUUUGUUUAAUUUCAUAUUAUUUAAGUUAGUAUAAGUGUACACUCGUCGUCUCUUGACGGAUUUGUGACGUUAUUUUAGUGAAUGCCUAUUAUUUUUAUAUGUCUAAGAAUGCAUGAAAGUAUAAACGGUCUCUUAUACCUAUACAAUAAUGUUCUGGAUAAACUAAGGGUCUACGCUUACUGACUGCGCGGCAUUUUCAUAACUGAAAUAUAACUUCAAGUUUAAUGUCACAUAAUAUACAUAACGUGUAUUGGUCAUUAUCAUAAUUUAUCCUCUUUUUUGAAGUUGGUUAAAAAAGAGGAAACGACCAAACUUUUCUUCAAACUGUUCAUUUUGUCAAAUAAUUUGAUCGUCUUCGACUUUGUUUGAAGUAUUUGUCAAACAUUGCUUAAUGAAAAGGUCAAGUUUAACAAGCAAGUUUUUCAAAUUUGACUUCUUAAACAUAUAAAUGUUAGACUGAAUCUUGGCCUACCACUGGAAAAAAUAAGGCUCUGAAAAAAAUAAUGCUUACUUUCCAUCACUCAAAUAUUCGUAGCCAAGUCGUCAGUGAGCGCCGAGCCUUACGCGUUGCUACUUCGAUGUUUUAGAAUGGCGUGGUAUUGCACAAUGUCGUGAUGUUGUACAAUGGCAUGGUGUUUUACAAUGGCGUGAUGUUAUACAAUGGCAUGGUGUUUUCCAAUGGCGUGAUGUUGUACAAUGGCAUUGUGUUUUACAAUGGCGUGAUGUUGUACAAUGGCAUGGUGUUUAAAAAUGGCGUCGUGUAGCGUUCCGCAGCGUGGCGACGUCGGGUGUUAGAAACAUGUUACCGACAUGAAAUAGUAUUAUUUUAUAAUAGUAAAGUUACUCAUAGUGCUUUUAAUAGGCAGGAGUUUGUUAAUUUAUAAGAGAAUUUAAAAGAAAAAAUUUAUUGUUGCAAUUUUUAAAAUGAUUAUGGUGCUUUUUAUUAGCUAUACAUAUUUUAUUUAAUAUACAAUACCAAUAAAUGUGAUGAGAUAUUUAA